UUGACUAAUUGCGAUCCUUGAACAUGUCUUGUCAAGUCAACUACUCCAUUUGUGGUGUCUCUUUUCAUGCAUGAAAGCACUUGAAGUGCUAACUAUGUGCGCGUCCACCAACUCAAACACUAUCCACGUGACUUUUAGGGACUAAUACCAUGGUUUCAUGCACAUAAGGUUCAAUUGUUUGGUUACAAAUUAUGAAUCCAAAGAACUUGGUACUUUUUUUUUAUUGAAUCAAAAGAUAGACAGAUAGAACAAGAAUGAACAUGCAGCUCUUUGCUCUAUGCCCUUUACCCUUUGGGGCCAACACAAAUACCAACACAAAGUACUCCAAAACUACCACAACAACAACCUCUUUCUACCAAAGUAAUUCCAUUCCUACCCGAGUAUAUAGCCAUAGGCACCCUUCAGUUGUACUCUUAGAAAACUGCACUUCUAAGAAGGAGCUUUAUCAAAUCCUUCCCUUUAUCAUCAAAAACGGUUUCUACAAUGAGCACUUGUUUCAGACGAAGGUUAUCAGCUUGUUCUGUAAAUUUGGCAGCAAUAGUGAAGCAGCUCGUGUCUUUGAGCAUGUUGAGCUCAAGCUCGAUGUGCUUUACCACAUUAUGCUAAAAGGGUAUGCAAAAAACUCGAGUUUAGGUGAUGCCUUGCGCUUCUUCCUUAGGAUGAUGUGUGAUGAGGUUAGACUUGUUGUGGGUGAUUAUGCUUGCCUGUUGCAAUUGUGUGGAGAGAAUUUGGACCUCAAAAAGGGUAGAGAGAUUCAUGGACUGAUCAUAACUAAUGGGUUUGAGUCCAAUUUGUUUGUCAUGACUGCUGUUAUGAGUUUAUAUGCCAAGUGUAGGCAGAUUGAUAAUGCGUAUAAGAUGUUCGAGAGAAUGCAGCAUAAGGAUUUGGUUUCUUGGACAACAUUGGUUGCAGGAUAUGCACAGAAUGGACAUGCAAAGAGAGCAUUGCAGUUGGUUUUGCAGAUGCAGGAAGCUGGCCAAAAGCCUGAUUCUGUCACGUUGGUCAGUAUUUUACCGGCGGUUGCAGAUAUGAAGGCUUUGAGAAUUGGAAGGUCUAUUCAUGGUUAUGCUUUCAGAUCAGGAUUUGAAUCACUGGUUAAUGUUACAAAUGCACUUCUUGAUAUGUACUUCAAAUGUGGGUCUGCAAGGAUUGCAAGGUUGGUUUUUAAGGGGAUGAGGAGUAAGACUGUUGUUUCAUGGAAUACCAUGAUUGAUGGUUGUGCCCAAAAUGGUGAAUCUGAAGAAGCCUUUGCAACUUUUCUAAAGAUGUUGGAUGAAGGGGAGGUACCUACACGUGUUACAAUGAUGGGAGUUUUACUUGCUUGCGCUAAUUUGGGUGAUCUUGAAAGAGGGUGGUUUGUUCAUAAAUUAUUGGACAAGCUGAAACUUGAUUCUAAUGUGUCAGUAAUGAACUCUUUAAUAUCCAUGUAUUCUAAAUGCAAGAGAGUUGAUAUAGCAGCCUCGAUAUUUAACAAUUUGGAGAAAACAAAUGUCACUUGGAAUGCCAUGAUAUUAGGCUACGCACAAAAUGGGUGUGUGAAGGAGGCUUUAAAUCUAUUCUGUAUGAUGCAAUCUCAAGGCAUUAAACUUGAUUGUUUUACUUUAGUUGGUGUAAUUACUGCUCUUGCAGAUUUCUCAGUCAACCGCCAGGCUAAGUGGAUUCAUGGACUUGCAGUAAGAACUUGUAUGGACAACAAUGUCUUUGUUUCCACUGCUCUUGUGGACAUGUAUGCAAAAUGUGGAGCCAUCAAAACUGCAAGAAAGCUUUUCGACAUGAUGCAAGAGAGACAUGUGAUAACAUGGAAUGCAAUGAUAGAUGGAUAUGGGACACAUGGCGUAGGGAAAGAAACUCUAGAUCUCUUCAAUGAGAUGCAGAAGGGAGCUGUUAAGCCAAAUGAUAUAACAUUUUUGUCUGUAAUUUCAGCUUGUAGUCACUCAGGUUUUGUGGAAGAAGGUCUCUUGCUCUUCAAAAGCAUGCAGGAAGAUUAUUACUUGGAGCCUACUAUGGAUCACUAUAGUGCCAUGGUUGAUCUCCUUGGUCGUGCUGGCCGGCUAGAUGAUGCUUGGAAUUUCAUCCAAGAGAUGCCCAUCAAACCAGGGAUUUCUGUUCUAGGUGCAAUGUUGGGUGCUUGCAAAAUCCAUAAAAAUGUAGAAUUGGGAGAGAAGGCUGCACACAAACUAUUUAAGUUAGACCCCGAUGAGGGAGGGUAUCAUGUGUUGCUUGCCAAUAUUUAUGCCUCUAAUUCAAUGUGGGAUAAAGUAGACAAGGUGAGAACAGCCAUGGAAGAUAAGGGGCUCCACAAAACUCCAGGCUGCAGUUGGGUGGAGUUGAGAAAUGAAAUUCAUACAUUCUACUCAGGAAGUACUAAUCAUCCAGAAUCCAAAACAAUUUAUGCUUUUCUUGAGACUCUUGGAGAUGAGAUAAAAGCUGCAGGUUAUGUACCUGACCCCGAUUCAAUUCAUGAUGUGGAAGAAGACGUGAAGAAACAAUUGCUCAGUAGCCAUAGUGAAAGGCUUGCUAUUGCAUUUGGACUUCUGAAUACAAGCCCUGGCACAACAUUACACAUUAGAAAAAAUCUUAGAGUUUGUGGUGAUUGCCAUGAUACCACUAAGUACAUUUCACUUGUGACAGGGAGAGAAAUUAUAGUUCGUGAUUUACGUAGGUUUCAUCAUUUUAAGAAUGGAAGCUGUUCUUGUGGGGAUUACUGGUGAAUCAAUCGAUCAUAUCCUUUCAUGUGAUCAUAGGCUAAUAAAACACAAAGAAUGGAUAAAAUUCAAAUAAGACUCAUUCGAAUUUUCUUUUCUUUUCUUUUUUCAUUUUAGUAGUAACCAAGGCACUAUAUUUUGCUUUGUAUAUUACAUGUGUGUGCGCACAGCUUUUCAUCUAUUUUGCCUGCUUUCAAAUGACCAUGAGUACUUGGAAGAGAC